GAUGAACCGCAGCCGUUCACCAAUAAGUCACAAAGUGAAAUCGGCAGUCAGUUCACAGCAUAAAUAUGAUAAGGUGGAUUUCAAUCGUCGCAGAAGUCCUAGUACUGACAGCAGUGAUGAUAAAAAGUCCUAUUCGGCUCGAUCAUCUGCAUACAAAUACAAUAAAACUAAGUCGCAUGAAUCAGAUCGCUAUUCUUCUAAAUCACAUUCUCGUUCAGAUCAGAAAAAGUCUCAUCAUUCAGAUAAAAAGAAGAAAAAGAAGCAUAGAAAGUCUUCUAGAUCAUCCUCCUCAACAUCAUCAUCGUCAUCCUUAUCAGAAGAUAAUUCCGUCAAAGGAAUUACAAAGAAGCAUGCUGCAGUUCCUGAAAAACUCUUAUCACUUUCACUAGAACAGAUACAGAAAAUUAGUGAAGAAAGGCGACAGAAAAAGGCCUUGAUCAAGAUUCUAGAAACACCCGAAGAAAAACGAGCCAGGCGAUUGGCUAAAAAAGAAGCUAAAGAACGCUGGAGACGUGAACGAAUGGGAUGGGAUAAAGAAUAUUUAGGCUAUACGAAUGAAGACAAUCCAUUCGGUGAUCAUCGUCUAUCCGAAUCAUUUGUCUGGAAGCGUAAAUUGGAACGACAAGGACUCUCUCAUUUAUCCAAAGAAGAACUACAAGUACUACAGAAAAAGAAAAUGGAAGAAAACAAAAUAGAAUUGGAAGCUGUUCGACGUAGAAGAAUUGAAAGAGAACGAGAACGUGAACAACAUGAAAAAGAAAUGGAAAUGAUGCAACGCGAUAAGGAAGCAGAAUAUUAUCGAUCAUGGGAACAACAAGAAGAUCAUUUUCAUUUAGAACAGGCUAAACUGCGUUCACGUAUUCGUAUUGCUGAUGGUCGAGCGAAACCAAUCGAUUUAUUGGCUAAGUAUAUUGCUGAUCAAGAAGAAGAUGCCAUGGAAUUCGAUAUAUCAGGUGCUGUUGAGAUUUUAGAACCGACACAAUUUCUUGUCGGUUUAGGCAUAGAGGAUCUUGAAGAUUUACUCGAAGAUAUUAAGGUAGUCUACAUGGAAUUGGAAAAAGGUCGUAAUGCAGAAUACUGGCGUGAUAUUACAACUGUUGUUGAAGAUGAAUUAAAUAAAUUACGUAGAUUAGAAGAAAAUACAGGUGUUGCUGGUGCCUGUGGCGCGGAUACUAGGGGACGUAGUUCAGCUACAAUUAGUCAGUCUGUAAUGCAAAGUGUUGCUGAAACACUUAAGGGUAAAACAUACAAUCAGUUAGCUGCAUUAGAGAAACAGAUCGCUCCAAAACUUCGUGGAGGUGAAGGUGUCGAUGUCACAUAUUGGGAAACUUUGGCUCAAUUUGUUCGUGCUCAAAUGGCUCGUACACGUUUGCGUGAUAUGCAUCAGGAGAAUUUAAGGCGUAAACUAGAAUGUUUACGUCAAGCACAAGGCAUUGUACCUGAACCCUUAUUUCCUAGUGGUACACAGUCGAAUGAUACGAAACCAAAGGUGGAGCCUACAACGUCUCCUGUUCCAGAGGAAGAGGAUCCUGACAACUUGGUACCGCCUACUUUACCACCUAUUGAGUUGAAUAACGAGGGUAAUCCAAUCUCUACUAAUGCAAUUGAAGAUGCACAUAGUGUUGAGGCUAUAAGAGCUGCUAGAGCAGCUGAACUUCAAGCCGCUGCUUUAGUUGAAGAAGAAGCCUAUGAUGCCUCUCUUUACUCACCACCACGAAUUAAUCCUGAUGACUUGGAACUGGAUGCUGUUAUAUAUAAUCCUGAAGAUGAUGAAGCUAAAAUUGAAUAUCAGCGUCAAGAAGUUCUGCGCACAGGAACAAUGCAGGCAAAUGAAGAAGAUGAGCUUAUCAGACGAGCUCGAGAAGGCAUGGAGGAUGGAGAAGAUGCACAGUUCUCAGUUACGAUACCAGUUGAAGAUCAAUCAUUUCUAUGGUCAGAUAAGUAUAGACCACGGAAACCAAGAUUCUUUAAUCGUGUUCACACAGGAUUUGUAUGGAAUAAGUAUAAUCAAACACAUUACGACUUGGACAAUCCACCGCCAAAAAUUGUUCAAGGCUAUAAAUUCAAUGUUUUCUAUCCAGAUUUAAUUGAUAAGACAAAAACACCAACGUAUACAUUGACAGCAUGUGAAUCGGAAAAAGAUUUUGCUAUUCUCCGUUUUAUUGCUGGUCCACCAUAUGAAGAUAUUGCCUUUAAAAUUGUUAAUCGUGAAUGGGAAUACUCCUACAAGCAUGGAUUUCGAUGUCAAUUUCAAAAUAAUAUCUUUCAAUUAUGGUUUCAUUUUAAACGAUUCCGUUAUCGUCGUUAAUGUGGAUAUGGCUGUAUACGGCAUAUAUGGAGGAUAAAUCAAACUGUGUGUGUGUGUGUGUGUG